AUGGCUCUUCAAUCGAUUGAAAAUCUCUUCCCUCGCCUAGAGGGAAUAAGUCCUCUAUUAGAACCUACUAGUCUUGAUGCAGAAGCUGAAGAAGACUUAAAUCUUUACUAUCAACUACCAGCCCAGGCCCAGUCUGGCUUACCAGUAAAUGAGGAGGUAGGGAUAUAUGAGAACGACUUUGGAAUUAGUUCUAAAUCGAUUCAGGAUCAACUCGAAACCGAUUCAGAAAUACCUCCAACACUUGUUUCAUCAGAGGCAACCCGUUCUGGGCAUAAUAGCCUCAGGGAUGUUCAUGUACUUGCUCAAAAAGUAAUCUUUCUACCUACAUUUAUAGAAUAUCCAGAAACAAGUGAGAAUGGAGUCCUUUAUGUUAUUGAUAUAAGGACUUUAAAUGAGGAGGAUAUUAAAUCGCCUUGGAGAAUGAUUCAGUACAACCAUGCCCGGCAAUUCCCACCAAAACGGACGACUUCAGCAUUCCUUCAAAAUGCUGUUUGUUUACGUUCAACUUACACUUGUACAGGUGGAAAGGCAUGCUCUUAUUUCGAUCAGAAUCUUCCAUGCUGGAAGCAUCAGAAAGUUACCCCAGAAAUCUUGCAAAGUAUUGAAGCAUUACGAACAGAGGUACUACAGUAUGAUCUCAAACGGAAAGCAGUUUCGUAA